AUGGAUCUCCAGCUCUCAUGCAUCCUUCCAACAUAUAAAUUGCGAUCUUGUGCUAGUGUUUGCGAGCUGGAGCUGCAAAUUAGCCUGCAACGGCGUGUGUACGGCCCAGCGGCCAUGGCGACGUCGCACAGGAAGGAAACGAGAAGGAAGGCUUCCGUGCUGCAAUGCUUCUUCUUCUUCGUGCUUGGAGCUCUCGCCAUGGCUGCAUCGAUGGCCGCUCUACAUGCGUCGUCGUCGGCGUCAUCGUCGGUGUGGCGGUGUUCGCACCUCGCCGACGAUGAUCCGAGCAGCAGCCAGGUGGUCGACGGCGGCGGCGAGUGGGGGGUGGUGAGGACGAGGGGCGCGCAGUUCGUCGUCGGCGACGAUGGCCGGCCCUUCUACGUGAACGGGUUCAACACGUACUGGCUGAUGGUCCUCGCCGUCGACGCGUCGACGAGGGGGAAGGUCACCGAGGUGUUCCGGCAGGCGGCGGCGGUCGGGCUGACGGUGUGCCGGACGUGGGCGUUCAACGACGGCGGGUGGCGGGCGCUCCAGAAGUCCCCCUCUGUCUACGACGAGGACGUCUUCAAGGCCCUGGAUUUCGUGGUGAGCGAGGCGAGGAAGCACGGGAUCAGGCUGAUCCUGCCGCUGACCAACAACUGGGACGACUACGGCGGCAAGGCGCAGUACGUGCGGUGGGCGCAGGCCGCCGGCGCCGACGUCAACCUCACCGCCGGCGGCGACGCCUUCUUCUCCGACAAGACCGCCAGGGGCUACUUCAGGAGGCACGUCACGGCGGUGCUGACGAGGGUGAACACGUACACGGGCGUGGCGUACAGGGACGACCCGACCAUCAUGGCGUGGGAGCUCAUGAACGAGCCGCGCUGCUUCUCCGACCCCACCGGCGACACGCUGCAGGCGUGGAUCAGGGAGAUGGCGUUCCACGUCAAGUCCGUCGAUCCGGCGCACCUGCUCGGCGUCGGCUCCGAGGGCUUCUACGGCCGGUCGUCCUCGCCGGCGCGCCUCCAGGCCAAUCCCAACGCCGGCGCCGCCCUCGUCGGCACUGACUUCGUCCGCAACCACCGCGUCCUCGGCGUCGACUUCGCGUCCGUCCAUGUCUACCCAGACAAUUGGCUGCCGGCGGGCGCGACGCAGGAGGCGCAGCUGAGGUUCGCGACGUCGUGGGUGGAGGCGCACAUCGCGGACGCCGAGGGCGCGCUCGGCGGCAUGCCCGUGCUGUUCGCGGAGUUCGGGGUGUCCGCCAAGGCCGGGGCGGUGUUCAACGCGACGUCGAGGAACGCGUUCAUCGAGGCCGUGUACGGGGCGAUGCUGCGGUCGACGCGGCGCGGCGGCGGCGGCGCGGGCGCGCUGCUGUGGCAGGUGUUCCCGGAGGACACCGAGUACAUGGACGACGGAUACGCCGUCGUGCUGCCCAGGGCGCCGGCCACCGCCGGGAUCGUGGCGGCGCACUCCAGAAGGCUGCAGGCGUUCAACUCCCGGUGCGAGUGGAGCUGUCGCUGGGGCUGCAACAGACAGAGGAACACUCCAGAGAUGACGAAGGAAGCUGACGUAGUGUAGUUAAAUUGUACGCCAAUUUGCAUGCAGCUAUAGUUGGCCAUAAGGCCCGAGGCCUGACGGCCCGGCCCAAGGCAUGGUCCGGUUCAAUAAAAAAAAUAUUAGAAACCUUAAAUAGACUUAAUUUAUUCAUAUAAGGCCUAGCCAAAAAAAAGUA